UCUCAACUCGCCGCGACACAACGCACGAGACUCUUGACACAGUUUCCAGCACGCGCAUUUGCGUCCACAACGCGGACGGUGCUGGAGGCAGGCAGCUACUGUGACACCAACUUAUGAUCUUUUAAUCUUUGGAACUAACUAAAAAGGAAUAUGGAUACAUUACGAUUUGGGAUCCUUCUCAUUCAUUGUCUUGUGUUACUCAAUGUGUGCAGUAGCGCCUCUAUGGACAGGUAUGAGAGCGCCAAGCCCAGAACAGUGGUUAACCACUUACACACCCUUGAGGAAACACGCAGGACAGGUCACCACGAGGUUGAUAGGGUGUCGCACUUGGAUCUUUAUGAUCAAGAUGAAGAUUAUUUCUCUGGGGAUUAUGAACCCUAUCAGCCUAGAGUGGCAUUUUCCACAAAACCCAAAAAUCCGUUGAUGAUGCCCAUUACUGAGAACAAGAGAAAAGGCAGAAGGAAGGGCAAAGGAAAGGGCAAGGGGAGGAAGAACCCCUGCCUGGGGGAAUACAAAGACUUCUGCAUUCAUGGAGUGUGUCAGUAUCUGAAGGAUUUGCGCACUCAUUCUUGUGUAUGUGAAGGAGGUUAUUCAGGGGAGAGGUGCCACCUCUUCACACUACCAGUAGCUAAAGAGGAGCAACGUUACAGCCGGACCACAGCUCUAGCUGUCAUAGCAGUGGUCUUGUCGCUCAUGUGUCUCACCAUCAUUUGUAUUUUGCUGGCGCUUCAGUAUCACAAAAAAGGUGAUGUUGAUGUGGAACGUGAAGAAAAGUGCAAACUUGAGGCAACAUCAGAACGGCAGUGAUGAGAGGAGAAAGGACAUACGACACAUGCAGAGAAAAGAUUAUGGCUGAGGAUUCAACUUCAUGUCCUGCUGGGGAUUGGCAACCCCCCAUAUGCGAUAGCUGGCAUAAAGGAUGUUUUGAACACUGGUUCCGUGUGUGGAACAACGACCUUCGCUCUUCUGCACCUGGAGAACAUAUAGAAAGAACUGUGUGCUUGAAAGGAACUGAAGUCCCUGAUGAAUGUAGUGCAACCUUUUAGCUGCAUCAAGAUGUGCUCUCAAGUUUGUGUUUUUUUUUUUUUUUUUGCUUAUUUAUUUUCUAAAGGGUGUUUCUCCAUCCCGACGGUCUAGAGUACUGUGUGAAUGCCACACACCUUCUGUAAUUAUUUAUUUAUAGUGUAUUGGUUAUUUAUUAUGAUAUGUAACCGUUGUGUUUACUGAUUGCACUGUAAGUUUUAUAAAUGUGUUUUUAAUAUACAAAUAUUUAUUGUUGAUGGAUACAAUAAUGUUCAGAGGACUGUUAUGGUUGAGUGAAGAUGCAUCACAGUCUAUCACCUAUAGAAGACCCUAUUUGUGUUGAAGUUUUUAUAACCUUAUAACUAUACUGUGAAAAUGCAGACUUGUGAAGAUUUAAAAAUGCAAUUGGGGAAAUCAUGUACUUUGUGGAGAUGUCAAACACACAAGGCUUUUGUAUACUUGGUUGGUCUUUUAUAGAGUGUGUAUUACUGGGGAAAGUGUUGCUUAAGUGAAUAAAAUUGAAAAUAUUUAUCAAAGUAUUUUUACAGCUUGUUCUGCAUAAAAUAACACCAUUUCAGUGACUAAUCUCAAACAACAGUAACCAAGUAAUGUUUUACUUAAAUAAAUUCUUG